AUGGGACGGCUGCAACCAACAGUCGUUGUCACUCCUCAGGCAAACAGACGUUCGGAUCGAGCGAAAAGGGCAAAGGAUACUGUCAACAAAGUAAUUCCGGACAUUCUCAAGUCGAGUCCGAGGGCCAGACAUGGCAUCCACAAUGCUGUCUUGACGACCGAUCCUAAACCGGAAAGCGGCACCGAAAACUCAUCGACAUCAAACUUGUCAAUCAGACUCUGUAACACGGAUUCCCUCACUGCAGCCCGUCGCCUAACUCACUCGUCUCGCCGGCAAUCUGCAGCGGCUGCGUUGGCAGCUUCGAAGCAAUCAACCAGAUCGACGAAUGUAUGCAUCCUAAACAUGGCCUCCCCUCUACGCCCUGGUGGUGGAUUUCUGGACGGUGCAACCAGUUCCGAAGAAUUUCUCUGCAUGCGUACUACCUUGUACGCUUCGCUCUGGGAUGACUUUUAUCGACUACCUGAAAUUGGUGGGAUCGUGACUCCAGACGUUCUAGUGCAUAGAGACAGUACUCCAGAAGCAGAAGACCUGCCGAAGAGGGAGCGUUUCUUUGUUGAUAUCAUCAGCGCGGCCAUGAUUCGGUUCCCUGAAACUAACAGCGCACGCAUUGCUGAGAAGGAGGACGCCGAAGGCGGCUGUUCAUGUGGUGUGAGCUACUGCGACCGUGACCGCGAGCUUGUGACACACAAGAUGCGUGGCGUGCUUCGCAUGGCGCAAGCUCGUGGAGCUGAAAAGCUUAUCCUAGGAGCGUGGGGUUGCGGUGCUUACGGAAACCCCGUUCGAGAAGUCGCAAAGAUCUGGAAGCGCGUCAUCCUUGGUACCACCAGAAAGGCGGAGUCCUGGCCAGGCAUCAAAGAGAUCGUUUUUGCCAUCACUGACCGCGGUCAACUGAAAGAGUUUGAGAAGUGCUUUGGAGAUGUCUUGGUCAAAGAGUCCAAUUCACCACCAGCAGAAGUGACACCCGAACCACAGGCUACUGGCACCCAAAGUCCCACUUCGGAGCUCAUCUCGGAGCUGGUGUCCAAAAUCCAGGAGACUGAGCUGCAGCUCGACCAAAUUUCGAAUCCUCGCAGCAAGGCUCGCCUCCGAGAAGUAUUGGCAAGUCUCAACAAACAACUCUCACAGGCAGGCUCCGGACCGGAAGAAGACGAAAUGCCACUGGAGCCAAUUGACGAGGAAAUGGAAGACGCUUCUUACCCCGAUGCUGCAGGCGGCUUCGAGGGUGAAGAGGGCGGCUACUACAACUUUGACAGUAGCGAUAUUGCUUCAUCAGGUUCAGUAUCUCCAUCGACAUCAGACAUCUAUGAGUUCCGAGUUCCAGGGACCAGUGUGCCGAACAAGAGCGUCGAGUCACACGUGACCGAUGAUUUCGAGCAUGUUGGUUUCGACACCGAGAGUGGAUGGUUUUCCGGAUCCAUCAAUGGCCUCUCAUCACUUCUGGCAAAACAAAGGCGAGGAGGUUCUGGCACCAGCCCUAUGCUCAGAGGUGAAGCUGGUUUGGACGAUGUCGAGCCGCUUAACUUUGGCAAUGGCCUGAGCGAGUACCUGCGACGCUAUUCUGAGCAAGAAAGUUAUUGA